AUGCCCGAAAAGUCCCCUGUCGUUCUUAUCCUCGGCGCCGGGCCCAAGGUAGGCAUACCAGCUGCCAAGGCCUUUGCCUCAAAAGGCUACAAGGUUGCCAUCGCAGCCCGGUCGCUAGACGAGGCAGACAGCACAGACGAGCAACUCAACAUCAAAAGCGACUUCGCCAACCCCGAGGAUGUCGUUAGAGCCUUUGGAAAGGUCAAAAAAGAGCUGGGGAUCCCAAGCGUAGUCAUCUACAACGCCGGCGCCGCUACAUUCUCUCCCCCAGGCGACCCCUUUGCUGUAUCGUUAGAUUCUUUCCAGCGAGACAUGACCGUCAACAACACCAGUGUCUUUGUCGCAGCCCAACAGGCCGUUCUCGGCUUCGCGGACCUGCCUGUCAAUGCUCCAAGAACAUUCUUCUUUACGGGGAAUAUCCUUAACGUUACAGCCCUCCCGCAGUUCUUAGAGUCAGGCGCUGGUAAAUCGGCGUCUGCGCACAUGAUGAUGGCUGCUGCUGCUGAAUAUAAAGAGAAGGGAUUUAAAUUUUAUUAUGUUGAUGAACGGAAAGCGGACGGCUCGGCAGCCUUUAAGAUUGAUGGAGAGGCGCACUCUGAAAUCUUCGUGGAGCUGGCGGAGGCGAAGACGCAGGGCCCAUGGUUGCAGACCUUUGUUAAGGGCAUUGGAUAUAAGGAUUUUGGACCCUAUCGACUAUAG